AUGAGCACGCUGCGCUACAAGUGCGUCGGCGUGACGUGGCAGGGCAGCUUCCACGUCGUGGGGGGCUUCGCGGAGAGCACGCUGACGGCCAGCGACGCCACCCUCCUGGCGCCCGGAGCCACCGUGCUGCAGUCAUCGGCGCUGGAGCGGAGCUCGGCCGAGGUGUUCCACUGCGCGAGGGGCAUGUGGGAGAUCCUCCCGGGGAUGUGGCAGCUCGACGUGCCCCCGAACCAGAUCGUGGCGGUGGCCAACAGGCUGUUCAGCUCCGGCGACUGCCUUAACAGCUGGAAGGGCCAUGUCGAGGUCUACGACGGCGAGCUCAACAUCUGGAGCAUCUUGGACCACUCCGCCCUGCCUGACCUGUCGCUGCUCGCCAGCCUCCCGUCUUCAGCCCAGCGGCUCUACCUCACCAUGGCCGCCGUCGGCACGCAGCUCUACUUCCUCGCCGGGUACCAGGUGCCGUCGAGCGAUGACAGCUUCAGAACAGUCUCGCUGGUGCACAGCUUCGACACCAGCGCUGCACCUGGGCUGGUGCCCGCGUGGAGCAGCUUCCGGCCCGAGAUGAGUCAGGAGGACGCCGAGGACGGCGGCAAGGAGCUCUUCAGCCAGUGCUGCUCGGUGCAGCUCUCCAGCUAA